AUGCCUAGCGUUGGAUACACCAAGGCUAAUUAUAGAAAGCUAAGAGCAUGUCUAUUGUAUCAUGUAGCACUGGGCUUCUCCAUAUUAGCAAAUGAAAUGCAGUAUGGGUGGCUUGUAAAGAUCACUAAGCUGAGGUCGGCCCUCAAUGGCUUUCCGAGCCAUUCAGGACAGGCUUUUGCACAGAAUAGAAAGCUUGAUAACAUUCGAAAGGCAAGUCAACACUUUUACUUUAGACUCCUGGCGCAUCUGUCGAUUACCAGAACAAAGCAACCUUCAAAUAACCACUCGUCUUCAGAGAAGCUAUGA